CUGGCUGCCGCUGCUGCGCCUUCUCUCUUGGCUAGCAGCAAGCUGAGAGCCACUCGCGUCGCCUCCUGGGCUCCCUCCAGCCUCCCUGGGCCCGGCGGAGCCUUGCAUGUGGUCCGUGCGCCGAGCCGAGCUCUGCCCCGCGCGCCGUGCCCAGCUCCAGUUCCAGCUCCCGCUCCCGCUCCAGCCCGUGCACGGCCGCCCGAAGAGGUGGACCAGGGGCAAUCGGUGCUUUGUCCCGGGGGCCGGUCCGGACCGAGGGAGCCAUGCCCCGGCGGAGUAUCGUGGAGGUGAAAGUCCUGGACGUGCAGAAGCGGCGAGUGCCCAACAAGCAUUAUGUCUAUAUCAUCAAAGUUACUUGGUCCAGUGGUUCCACUGAAGCUAUUUAUCGACGGUACAGCAAAUUCUUUGACCUACAGAUGCAAAUGUUGGACAAAUUUCCUAUGGAAGGAGGUCAGAAGGACCCGAAGCAAAGGAUUAUUCCCUUUCUGCCAGGCAAAAUUCUCUUCAGACGAAGCCACAUCAGGGAUGUAGCUGUCAAACGCCUGAUUCCCAUUGAUGAAUACUGUAAGGCCCUGAUCCGAUUGCCACCCUACAUUUCUCAGUGUGAUGAGGUGCUUCAGUUCUUUGAGACAAGACCUGAAGAUCUGAAUCCCCCCAAAGAGGAACCUAUGGGGAAGAAGAAAUCAGGGGGAGACUCGGCCUCAGUAGAUCCAAUGGUCCUGGAGCAGUAUGUGGUGGUGGCAGAUUACCAGAAGCAGGAAAGUUCAGAGAUCAGCUUGUGCGUGGGCCAGGUAGUGGACAUCAUUGAGAAGAAUGAAUCAGGUUGGUGGUUUGUAAGCACUGCUGAUGAGCAGGGCUGGGUCCCUGCAACCUGUCUAGAAGGUCAGGAUGGUGGCCAGGAUGAAUUCUCUCUGCAGCCUGAAGAAGUCUCUUGGAGAUACUGGUCUUUGCCCCGGCACGUGGGUCGCCGUCGGACACUUGGGGACUUGUACACCAUUGGAUGGGGUCAAGAGGAGAAAUACACCGUCAUUUACCCAUACACUGCUCGAGACCAGGAUGAAAUUAACUUGGAGAGAGGGGCCAUGGUGGAAGUUAUCCAGAAAAACCUAGAGGGCUGGUGGAAGAUCAGGUUUCAAGGCAAAGAGGGCUGGGCCCCUGCCUCCUACCUGAAAAAGGGCAGUGGAGAAUUAUUUGCUCAGAAGCUAAGCUCUGGGUCGCCAGCCCAUUCCUGUACUGUUGACGUGGAUGGAAUUUCCCGGCAGCAGAACUCAGCAGGCAGAGAGAAGGAUGUACUCAACAAUCAGAAAGAUGGGAGGUUGGAGAGCCGCACAGGCCUAGACAGUGACAUCAAGCAAAGAUCUCCAAAGAUGAGGCAGAGACCCCCUCCUCGACGAGACAUGACCAUACCUCGAGGUCUGAACCUGCCAAAACCCCCUAUCCCACCCCAAGUGGAAGAGGAAUAUUACACCAUUGCUGAGUUCCAGACAACUAUUCCUGAUGGAAUCAGUUUCCAGGCAGGACUGAAAGUUGAGGUGAUUGAGAAGAACCUAAGUGGCUGGUGGUAUAUCCAAAUUGAUGAUAAAGAAGGCUGGGCCCCAGCAACAUUCAUUGAUAAGUACAAGAAAACGAGCAAUGCCUCAAGACCCAACUUCUUAGCACCACUGCCUAAUGAAAUGACCCAGCUCCGCCUGGGGGAGGCCAUGGUGGAGAACCAUGCCGGCCAUGAAGCAACUGGCCCCUCUCGGCCUUUGCCUGAAGCACCACACAAUGGCAUGGACUGUGGCAUAUCUUGGUCCAAAGAAUGGAAGGGUAAGGAGGGCCGUCGGAAUGUCUCUUUAGAUAUUGCUACAUCUGCCGGGUAUGAGGAAAUCUCUGACCCAGACAUGGAUGAGAAACCCAGCCUCCCACCACGGAAGGAGUCCAUCAUCAAAUCAGAAGGAGAACUGCAAGAGAGAGAGCGGCAAAGGAUGGAGCAGCUCAGAGGGUCCCCCAAGCCUCCUGGAAUGAUUUUGCCCAUGAUUCCACCAAAGCACAUGCCUCCUCCAAGGGACAACAAGAAAGCAGAGCUGAAAUCAGAUAAGGGCAAAUUGUUCCAGCAAAAAAAUGAGAUGGGGCUAGAGUGUGGGCACAAAGUGCUGGCCAAAGAAGUAAAGAAGCCAAACCUCCGUCCCAUCAUCAAACCCAAAGCUGAACAGCCUGAAGAUAAACCUGAGUCUUUUACCCAGAACCCCUUCUUGAAGUCUAAACCCCAGGUUAGACCAAAACCAGCUUCUUCCCACAGGACAGAGCCAUCUCAAGCUGAGGACAGAUUGGACAUAGGCAAUCUCAGGAGCAAGCUCCGACCUGCUAAGUCUCAGGAGAAGUCAUCAGAAGAAGAGAAUCACCACCCAAGUGGAACCCACGAUGUCUCCUUCAGCAACAGUUUGCUCUCAGGUGAGGCUUCCGGCAGACCUCUGGAGCGAACUAUUGUCGACACCAAGCUCACACCUAAACAGGACAGUCUCACGUCAAAGGACACUUCCUCUAAAGUCCCCCCAAGGCCAGCAAAGACGACUGAUCCUAUGGCUAAGAGUAGCCCUCCCCCUUCCAAAGAGUCACCACAGCAGAGACCAGUAGUACCUCCUCGGAGGCCACCACCUCCCAAGAAAACUUCUUCCUCUUCCAGGCCCCUUCCUGAGACCAAAGUGCCACAUCGAGAGGUGAAUGAAGUCAAGGCUGCUCCAGCUCUUGGCCGACCCAUGCUUGUCCCUCCAAAGGCCAAACCUUUCCUUCCUGGUCCGGGAGGUCAAGAAGAAGUCAAAGCAAAAAGUGGGCUUGGACCAAAAGCAGCAACCAAGCUAGGAGAAGUGAGGGAGAAGCCAGCUGCUAUACCCUUCCCUACUGCAGAAGUCCCCAAAGAUACAUUAUAUGUGGCUAUGGCCAACUUUGAAGGGGAUGAGGAGACCAGUGGCUUCCAGGAGGGAACUGUGUUUGAAGUACGUGAAAAGAAUAGCAGCGGCUGGUGGUUCUGCCAGGUCCUAAGUGGAGCGCCUUCGUGGGAAGGCUGGAUUCCUUCCAACUAUCUCAGAAAGAAGCCAUAGUUCCCACUAUCCUGGUAGGAUCCAUCCCUCCAAGAUCUCCAUUGGUUUCACCUGGGUAUUUAAUUAGCUUCUUAACUUAUCAUUUUCUACAAGGCUUUAAAAGGAAGAGAUCCAAGAGUACAUUGGACUUUCUCUUGAUUCCUAAGCAGGAAUGCUCAUGGUGAGCACAUCCCCCAGCCUCAAUGCAAUUUAAUUCAGUUCCUUGGCAGUCAUCCCUCUUGGAGGAGAUUCAGUCUAUCUUCAGUGGUCGUCUCCAGGCCAAAUGGCCAACUCUGAUCCUAUUCCUCAGUAUCUUCAUCUGUAAUAUGAGGGGGUUGGAUGAGACCAAGGUCCCUUUUAAGUGUUUUCAGUUACCCACAGAAAUUACUGCUUUAAGUGGGAGAAACGGGUUCUUAUUAGACCAUGAGCAGCGAUUCAUCCGCUACUCUCACAUAGCAUCCAAGAACCAGGAACUGCCCUUUCCCUGGAAUAUGCUGGUAUCCAGGCUGUCACUAGCAAAGGCACCAAGAUACCAGAUCCCACAGCAGACCCAGAAACUUCUCUGAGCAUCUAAAAGUUGAUCAACCUUGAUCAGAUAUGAAGCCAGGCCCAAUAUCCCAGGAUAGGCCUUGCUAUGAUUCCCCUUUUGCAUGACCCAAGUUCACCUUCUCCAUUUAGCCUUUCCUAAAAGCCAUUCCUUCCCAUUUUUGUUGUUUGCAGAAAUACCUGCUGACACAAAGGGCCUGUGUGCUUUUUCUAAUCUUAACAGGUCUUCCCUUCAUUAAGGUUAUGGUCAUAUUUGACUUGGUGAGGAACAACCUUUACUCACAUGCCAUGGGAAGAGAAAAGGACAAGGACAGAAGUCCGCUAAACCUGCCCCUUUUUCAUUUUGUGGGUUUUUGUUUUUUUUUGCACUCUUGAUAAAGCUUUAUGUCCUAGAAGGGUGAUUCCUACCCUAAGGCAACACAGCAUUCUGUACUUGCUUUGCACAUCACUUCAUCCCAGGGGUACUUGGAGCUGGUAUUAGCUACCUUUUUCUUUCAAUAUGGUGCUGUUCACAUAUGGGAACCUGUCCUUCACAGGCAGCUCAACUCUAAUUGGGGACUAGAGGAAGGAAGGCCCAAAUAGGAAUUGACAGCUAGCUGAUGAAAGUUAGGACAAGGGAGCACCGGCCCUGGAGUCAGGAGUGCCUGAGUUCAAAUCUGGCCUCAGACACUUGCCACUUACUAGCUGUGUGACCCUGGGCAAGUCACUUAACUCCAAUCACCUCACUAAAAAAAAAAAAAAAUUUAAAAAAGGAUUCCAGGAGGAAUAGUUGUAUAUCAAGUCUACAGCAGGGGGCAGCUAGUGGAUAAAGCACCGGCCCUGGAUUCAGAAGGACCUGAGUUCAAAUCCGGCCUCAGACACUUGAUGCUUACUAGCUGUGUGACCCUGGGCAAGUCACUUAACCCUCAUUGCCCCGAUUAAAAAAAAAGUCCACAGCAACUCAUUUUUUAAAUGGGGACAAACGAUCAUAGCUUAGAAUCCCACGACACUAACAUGGUGAAAGUCUGGGAUUCAGUAACUACUGCAGCAGUCGUGAGGGGUAGUAGUGGGAAUGGGAAGAAGAGAUAAGGAAAACCCCAUGAAUGACUAGCUCCAUGAAUCCCAACUCAAGACCCCAGUCAUCAAUCAAUAAACUCUCAUUAAGUGCCUACUUUGUGCCAUACAUUAUGCUAGGGACUGGGAAGACAAAGGCAAAGUAAAAGAGCCCCACCCUUAAGGAACCUUACAUUCUGUUGGGAAGUCAGCAUGUACAAAGAAAAGUAUAUGCAAAACACCAGGUGAUGGGGGGGGGGGGUAGUGGUGGUGCUAGUAACUGAAGAUAGUGGGAAAGAGGUGACAUCAAGAUGAGCUUUGAAGGAAAGGUGAAGGGAUGCUAAGAGGUAGAAGUAGGUGAAAGUUGCCAUUUAUUCAGUCCAUUGGAUGGUGGCAAGACCUAAGCGCCAGCUAAACUGACUCCCACUAAUGCUCUGCGAUUCUUAAUACCCCACAUCUGUAAAACAUCUGAAUUUUCCAAAAUGUUUUUGUAUCUGUUAUCUCCCUUGGCCCUCACAACCUUGUGAGUUAAGUUGGGCAACACUUGCCCCACUUGACAGAUGAAUCACAGUCACAUUUUUUUUAAUGUCACCCAGCCAAUUUGUGAGAUAACCAAGAUGAGAACCCAGGCAUCCUAACUGGUAGUCCAGAGACCAGACUGUCUCCGGCUAAAAGAAACCAGGACUAGGCAGGGGGAUUUGUUGGGAAGAGUGGUAGAUUUUGAAUCAGGCAACCUGGCUUUGAAUUCCAGCUCUACCAGUUAAUACCUGUGUGACCUUAGGCAAGUCAUUUAACCUCUGUGUGCCUCAGUUUCCUCAACUUUAAAAUGAAGGGGUUGGACUAGAUGAUCUUUAGGGUAUCUUCCAGCUCUAAGUUUGUGACCCUAUGAUCUCCUGACGAAGGAACAAAAGGGUUUCAGGUGAUACAUUUGGAAGCAAGAAUGUACUUAACUUCCUAUGGCUUAUUUCUAGGAAUGAGCCAGCUCUAGAUUACCCCUUUCGCCAUGUUAAUGUCCAUUUCUUGGGAAGACAACUCCCCAUAUGCAUGCUAGAUUAGAAGGCUGUAGGCACAAAAUUCCAUUCUCUCAUUUUCAAUACUCCUGGAUAUUGCUUUAUUUUAAAAGUGGCUAUUAAAAGCUCUCAGAGAGGAAAAAAAGACUUGAAUCUACAUUUUCCCUGGAUUCCAUAGUGCAUGUUAAUCUCAUGUCCAUUUUUCAUCCCUUCCUCUAAAGGAACCAUUGUGUAACCCUGGGGAACCUAACACUAUUGGUGCCCUGGGGCUAAUAGACUUGAGUGUAUCUCCUAUUCCUGACUGGCCCCUUCUAGCACUGUCCUCAGAAACCUUGAGAAAAUAAGCAGCUGGGGCAGCUAGGUGGCGCAGUGGAUAAAGCACCGGCCCUGGAUUCAGGAGGACCUGAGUUCAAAUCCGGACUCGGACACUUGCCACUUACUAGCUGUGUGACCCUGGGCAAGUCACUUAACCCUCACUGCCCAGCAAAAACAAAAAACAAACAAACAAACAAACAAAAAGAAGAUAAGCAGCAAGGGAGAUGAGUCAAGGAUAAAGAAUCCUAACAACUCAAAGAAUAACCUUGGCAAGGCUGAGCACUCAGAUCCCCUCAGUCAUUCCUGGAGCCCUGGUUAUCCAAGAAAGGAGCUAUCUUAAGUUUGAUCAGUGUGGAGCUCACUUUUGAUAAAUGUUCCUUUUGCUAGCUUUCCUGAUGCUUUCCUGAAUUUGACUUCAUUUUGAAAAGGAAAACCACAUAUUUUGUUACAGUGUUCCUUCCUGGUUCCAUUUAUCCAUUCAUCAAAUAUUUACUGAGUGCUUAUGAUAUGCAAGGCACCAUGUUAAGCACUAUAGGUGCCUAUAUAAGCAAGACCCAAAUCCUUGGCCUCAAGGAUCUCUGAGGUUUCUACCACCCAAAGGUUUCUUUGACAGCCUGUCACAGUCAUUCUGCAGCCAGUGUCCAUCCAAGGGUGGUGGGACCACCUUCCUCUUUAUCUGUCUUCUGGGGAUCCUCUCCCUGGUGGCAGCUACAUUCGAAGCCACAUUUCCUUACUUUCUGCAGCAGCCUUUCAGUUUGAAUCCAUGUCCCAGGUCCUUAUUUCUCUUUUGUUUCACUAAUGAAUGGAGACUUCCCCAGCCAGAUGGAAAUGGAGUUAGUCAAUGUGGUCUGAUGCCACAACUGAGAUCUUUCCAUUUUUGCUUGGUGACAUGUUUACAUAAUCCACUGGGAUUAUUGCAAUAAUUUCAAGGAUCUGUGAUUUAGGGUGGUAUAGGCACCCCUCCACUAACAUUGAUUUGACACUUCUCUGACUUGGAAGAUGUUCUUCAUGAGUUGCCGUGUCUGAAAAAUCCACCAUGCUCUGGGAUUCUGGGUGAUGAAUCUUUUGUAACAUAGCAAAGCCAGUCUUUAGAUCAAAGACACUCAUUUUGUUGGCAAACCUCUUUGUGAUUAACACUGCAAAAAAAUGGUCAUCGUCAGCUGACUCAAAAUGCAAUCUUCAGUCUGCUGUGAAAGUAGAUUCUGAAGGACUAUCAGCAAUGUUUUUAUGAAAUCCUUUUUUUUUAACCAAAUGAACUUUCAUCUUAUAUAGACUCUAUGUUUCCCAUGCCACCCCUAAACAGGUCAAAGACAGGUUAGCUUCUUGCACAACCUGAUAUCCUGCUCUGGACCAAAAUUUCAAGCUAAGUGCCAACCUAAGAGGCACAGAAAUGCGAUUGGAUUUCCAUAUCCCUAUUUACCACACUGUGUCGAAUACUUAAUCUCAAACCUGCUGUACUAAAUCUGCUUGGGGUAAAUCUGCAUCAUAGAACAACCAGUUUCUCUUCUAGCCUCAAUUGUAAUACCUCUUUGACAAGAAUAUUUUCCACAUUUAGUUGUAUUCCCAAGCAAUAUUGUACAGUGGAAAGAGCAGUGGACUUGAAAUCCAAUACCUGAAUUCAAAUUACAGCCUUGUCACUAGCCAUGUGACUUUGAGCAGCUCACUUAACUUCUCUUGGCCUCAGUUUCCUCUUCUGUAAAAAGAGGACAUUGGAAUAAAUGACCCCCAAGGUUUCUUCCAGCUCCAGAUCUAUGAUUCUGUGAUCCUGUACCACUUGCAGUAAAGAAAAUUGAGUAUCUUUCCCUGCAUAAGCUACUUCUUUUAGUGUUAGGGCACUGGGGAAAAGCAGAAAUCCACUGGGCUCCAACUCAGGCAGACCAGCAAGAAGUACUAAAUUGGAUCUGCCCCAUUAGCAACUCUUCCCAUUUGCCCCACAUAAUUUUCAAAGUGGAGCUCUUAGAUUUAAAAUAAUCCUGAGUGUAUAGGACAUAAACAGCCUUCUUAUGAUUCUCUUGCCAAGUAAAAUUCUCAAGAGCAAACUCUCCACCAGAAAACCAAUGAGAGAUGGAAAACCAAUUGCCAUAAAGUUUAUUUAAAAAAAAAUAAAAGGUCAUGCUCCAAACCACGUAGGCACACUAGUGACAGUCAUGGUUCUGAGCCAAUCUACCACUGCGUGGUAGACAGUGAGCAUUUUGUUAUUCCUGUUCACUGCAGAAGUAGAAGGCACAGUUCCUGCCUUCCAGGAGCUUACACUAAGAUGUGGUCAGGACCACAUGGAAAAUAUGCAAUUCAUGUGAUGGCUGCUGUUCCCUCAGUUUACUUUUGCAUUGUUUUUCUUUCUUUGCUACUGCUGCUGUGACCAAUUGAUAUUGAGCCCCACUGAAUCACAGUAGGGUCUUUUCUUGGUUCUUCUUUUGACUGUUUAAGUUGGGUACCAAACAAGACUCUUAACCUGCAGCCUUUCCCCUAGAUUCCUUAGAUCUAGUUUCCCAGGCCCACCUCUUCCAGACUUACAUAUGCUGCGAUCAGUCAAUAAUACCAGAGACCAAAGAUUGCCUGUUACCAGACCUCAAAGUCUGAUUUGGUAGGAAAAGGAUGUCACAGUAAUCGUAAUGGCCAUAUUGGCAUCAUGGAUAGUGUUGGUGCCAUGAAAGCCGAUUCCUCCUUUGACUUGGUAGAGCUGUUCUUAGACCUUCCCCCUACUCCCACCCCCAAUCCUCCACCUCUGGAAACCAGUGUCAGGAGUAUUGGUGUCUGGAGACACUCCCCAGCAAUACCUACUACCCCAAGAGACUCCUGUUUAAUCUGUGGCCCAAGACUAAGUGGAUCCAUGACCCAUACCUAAACCAGGAGCCAUCAACUGCUAAUUCGUGCCAUCAGUGUUUUUCGAAUCUCUCUAUAACUGCAUAGGAUUGCACUUUUUCAGCCGGGAAAGUUAAUUUUAAGUAGUUCUCUGCUGACUGACUUCCUUUGCUCCAAGGCCCCUAAUGUGGCCUUGUGUCUUGUUAAAACAUUCCAUGUUCCAUCCCGUUUCUGACCCCCCAGUUUCAAAUCAAGCAUCCUUAACUCCAAACAGGGACAAGAGGCUAUACAGAACCUCUGUCAUCCCAAGGAAGGUUUUUCAAAGGCCUUUCCUUAGUGACAUAAAAGAGCAAUAGUUGUUACUUUCUUGGAGGAAAAAAGGGGGCACGAUUUAUGAUGUUAAUUACCAGCAAUAAGAACACCCCCCUCCUAUAACCUAGAUCAAGAACAUUAGUAUAUCCAAUCUCAUUUCUCUUAACCCUUAGGGGAAGAGUCCUGCAUGGACUGAGUCCAAACACUUUGUGUUUUCAUAGAAUAAAGCAGAAGAAUCACUAUUUCAGUACUUCUCUUACUCAACAAACAAAUUCUCUGAUGGUUAUUUUUGUUUGUUUCCUUAUAACACAUAAACUUAUAUAAGUAUAUAUGUGAGGGGGAAGGGGAUCAGAACAUUAACUGUAGCAUGUGUAGGCUGUAUACUUCACCGUUAGACUUUUUUUUUUCUUUUCUUUUUUUAAAAUAAAAUGCUUGACUGGUUUCAAGCUUCGUUGUGAAUGCAGAGUCUGUGUAUUUUAUUUGGCCAAACUAAAAAAAGACAUAAAGGAUGCGAGAGAAGAUACAAACCGAGGUAGCUUUGUGCCCCAGGAUAUUUGGGAAAGAUGGUCAAUCUGGUGAAUUAGACAUACUCCCCCACAUGGAUGCUUUUCUGGGAUUCCCAGAAAUUUACACAAGACUAUCACUGGCACAUUCACUAGGCACAUGAUUAAUUCUUGUGGCAGAAAAACACAUUUGCCAGUUCCCUUUUGUCUUCUUUCCUGGAGGUUCCCUGAUCAUUGCAAUGAAGGGAAGAAACCCAGGACAGUCGAGGUUUAUAAGGGAAGAAAAUCUAAGAAGGAAAAAAUGAGCAUUGUAGAAUGGAGAGAACACUCGUUACAGAGUCAGAGAACCUGGAUUCAAAUCCUUCCUUUAAUACUAUUUGUGUGACCUUGGGCAUGUUAUACCUUCCUAGGUGUCCAUUUUCUCAUCUGUAAAAAUGGUGGGGGAGAGGGGACAUAUAGGGGAGAGUAUACAAGCUCUAGAAUUCAAAAUCAUUUCUGCUGAUUACAACCUGUGUGGCCUUGGCCAGUCACUUAACUUCCCUAGACUUCCAUAUCCCGGUCUUUAAAAUGAGGGGGAUGAACCAGACAAUAUAAAUAAUAGCUAACAUUUAUUUUAUUUUAUAUUUUAAUAUUUUAACAUUAACACCUAAUAUGUAUCAAAGAUUAUGCUUAGAGCUUUACAAAUAUCUUACUUGAUCCUCAUAACCCUAAGUAGUAGGUGCUAUUAUUAUCCCCAUUUUACAGAUGAGAAAACUGAGGCAAACAGAAGUUAAAUUACUUCCCCAGGGCCACACAGCUGGUAAAUGUCUGAGGCCACAUCUGAACCCAGAUUUUCCUGACUCCAGGCCAGGUACCGUAUCCAUUGUGCCACCUACCUAUACCUGACCUCUGAGAGAUCUACUAGCUUUAGAUAUAUGAUCGUAAAUAGGACUCCCAAGUCCAAGACUUAAACUAGACUCCAGGCCUCUCCAAAAGAUGAGUGAUAGAGAAAAGAAUGCUUACAUCAUUCAUACCAAAGGGAAAGCAUCGGGGCAGAAGAUGAGCUUUAAGGGGCGGCUAGGUGGCGCAGU